CUUCAUCGUCGAAUACGCGCGAUUUUUCAGUAAAUUUGAUCUUGGAUCUCGAAUACGAAUAUACUCGGAAAGCAGAAAUAAACAGGAACGAUGCCACCAUCUUACUGUUCGGUCGCCGGAUGUACAAAUAGUCGAAGCCCUACGUGUAGUCUGUACUGCUUUCCCAAGGAUGAUGCUGUGUGCAAACAGUGGGUCGAGUUCUGCAAUCGUCCCGAGCUGUGGAAGAAAUACGACGAGAAUGGCCCCGAGUACCUGUACAAGAGUUCUCGAAUCUGCUCCGACCACUUUCAGCCGAACGACUUCAACAAACCAUAUCUUUUCAGUAAAGUUCAACCCUUUACUGAAAAGAUAUGGUUUGUUGAAGGUUCGGUGCCAACCCUCUACCCAGCCAGUAAAGAACCAAAGAAUCGCUACAGUAUUGGCGGCGGAAUAGGUGGCCUCAGUGGUCUCGGAGCUGUUAGUGCUGCUGGUGGUGGUGGUGGUGGAAGCGGCAAUAAUUCGCCUCCCAACAGCAACAACAACAGCAUCGACAGCGAGUCACUCAUCACGCCAAUGUCAGCGAAGCGACCGCUGUCGUCGCAGCCUUCAACGCAGCAGCCAGUUGCCAAGCAGCGAAGAUCACUUCCUCCCGCCCUCAGUGCCAGUGCCACUACGAACAACAGUCAUGCCACCGUGAGUGGCGCACUAGCCGGUCUGAUUCAACGCCAACAGCUGAAAGAGCAGCAACGGAAAGCGUUCGCAGCUAAUAACAACAACAACAACAGUACCAAGUUGGCAGCUGCUGCAGCACAGGAAAAGCUCGAAGAUGAACGGGGGUACGGCAUCAACUAUGUGGACAUGGACGGAGGAGAUUCCACCGAGUACGACUCGGGCUUCCAGAAUUCCGUGGAAAAGGAACUGGCGGCCUACAAACAGCUGCAGCAGAUGAAGGCAGUGAAAGCAGCGGCCGCCGUCAUUCCGGCAUCGCUCAAAUGCGAGUUGACCGUAACGCCGGCCGUUAGUCACCUGAAUACCAGUAGUAGCGCCAUCAAUAACGGCACCAGCAGCAGUCACAACAACUCCAACAACACACUGAACGGUUCCAUGAACUACAAGGAAAAGUACGAGCAAACCCUGAAGGAACUGUUUGCCUGUCGUAAGAUUGUCAAGAACCAGAACAAUGCCAUCAAGCAGCUUCAGGGUGAGAUCGACUUCCUAAAUCAACUGUUGAAGGAGAAAUGAUGCUCUUCGGUCACGGCUGGCAGGGCCAGCAGCAAUAACGGUGGUCUGGUGCCAAUGGUUUUCUAGAUUCUAUCGUGAAGGAGUGCAGGAACCUUAGCUGAAAAUAAGUUUCAAACUGUAUUAUAGUGUGUUUAGUUGGUGUAAAUGAUCGUCUUUCUGACCAUAAUCUUAGAAAUUGGUUCAGUGCGCAGAUUGAUAUUUUACUAUCUGUCCUUUUUUUCUAUCGUGCCAGUAAACAAAGUUUUAUUGUAAUAGGAUUGAACUUCUUUGCUGUACGACACGCUAGAAGAUUCACUAGAUGUAGUUACCAUUUUAGUACUUUGUAGUGUUCAAAUUUUUGAUUCAGGUGAAUUUAUUUACGGUUGAACUAGCAUCGGUGCCAACAGUCAAUUAUUCGUUCACGAAAAGCUUGCAAAAAACAUUCCAAUAGUGAACAAACUGUCAGGCACUUGUCAUCUCCCGGCACAUAUUUAUAAUAGAUUCUUUUAGAUUAGCAUGAUUGAUCUUGUUUUUAACUUGUAUUCUAUGGAUCCAAUAAACCGCCUGCUGGAACAAACAUGAAAUCC